CUCCGAGACGAAGAUAGGAUUAUAAAAACACGGGAUUCCCACUGAAAGAUAGGACAAUAGGAAGGACACUGUUUUGAAACGAGCGACGAUUAAAUAUUCAUCAUUCCAGUCAACAUUUAAGACGAACGCAUCAAGUAUCCACACAACUGAUUCAGGAUGGAAACAGUAGCUACUUUUCGGGCUUCUAUUUGCAGCAUCUCACCCAAUUGGGCUUCCCGGCCCGGCCCGGACAGAUCCGAUGCCAGGCCCGUGCUCUCCAACGCUUGGAUUCAGAAAACACCACUGGUUUCUAAAUUCAAGGUAGGAAACAAAAAUGCGAGAUAUUUGAGCAGCAGGCGUACUGCCACCAGAGCUUCUAUGCAGCCUUCUGACUCUGGCAGUUCGGAAUAUCCCAUUGCUCCUCUACAGAUGGAGUCUCCGAUAGGGCAAUUUCUCUCUCAAAUAUUAGCAAGUCACCCGCAUCUUGUUCCUGCUGCUGUAGAACAGCAACUUGAACAGCUGCAAACUGACUGUGAGGCAGAGAAAGAGAAGGAAGAGCCAUCUGCAUCUGGAACUGAUCUUGUUUUAUACAGGAGAAUUGCGGAGGUUAAAGCUAAUGAAAGAAAAAAGGCACUGGAAGAGAUCUUGUACGCAUUAGUGGUACAGAAAUUCAUGGAUGCCAGUGUAUCCCUGGUUCCGACAAUCACUCCAUCAACACCCGAUGGUCCUGUUCGUGUUGAUAAUUGGCCUGGCCAAGAUGAUAAAUUGGAGCGCCUCCACUCUCCUGAAGCUUACGAGAUGAUCCAGAACCACCUGUCUCUCAUUCUUGGCAACCGACUUGGCGACUCUACCUCUGUACUUCAAAUAAGCAAACUAAGGGUUGGGCAGGUUUAUGCUGCUUCAGUAAUGUAUGGAUAUUUCCUCAAACGUGUAGACCAAAGGUUUCAGUUGGAGAAGAGUAUGAAAGUCCUUCCCGAGGGAACUGAUAAUGGAGAUGAACAAGUUGCAUGGGAGGAAACAAGACCAAGUGAUGAUGACAUUAAUCAGUUUCGCAGGAAUGCUCAGCCUCACCCAGAAAUGUCAUCUUUUCCCGGAGGCGCUGGUAUUGGGGUUGGUGUUGAUGGGGUAAAGCCAUCCAGAUUGCGAUCUUAUGUUAUGUCAUUUGAUGGAGAGACGCUUCAAAAAUAUGCAACCAUCAGAUCUAAGGAAGCUAUUAGCAUCGUUGAGAAACACACGGAAGCAUUAUUUGGUAGGCCUGAGAUCGUAGUCAAGCCUGAAGGAACCAUUAAUCCCCAAAACGAUGAAAUCAAAAUUAGCUUUGGCAGCCUGAGGAGACUUGUUUUGGAAGCUGUGACUUUUGGUUCUUUCCUUUGGGAUGUUGAGAGUUACGUCGAUUCAAGGUACCAUUUUGUUGCAAACUAAGCCCUGUGAUGGUGGUUCAACUGAGGAUCUCGAUAAUGGUUUUACUUAAAGGACGAGAUGCUGCUGUCUUGCACUACUUGACUUGUACAUAGUAACCUUAUUUUAAAUCAGUCCAAUGUUUGUUAUGUUAUCUAUAAUCUAUGGGAAACCAUAUCACUUGCCAGAUUUUUGUACAUUCGAAAUCCUAAGUAAAGUUUACUUCUCCCGUUUAAAUUUUUA